AUGAAGAAUGAAAAAGUAAAUAAAAAAGAACAUUCUACUAUAUUUUAUUAUGAAAUUUACAAAAAGUUAUCCAUUUAUUAUGAAUUUGCAAUUAAUGAAAAUGAAAGAAAAAACAGGAAAUUUUUAAAGAAAAAGAAGACUAUUACUGAAUUAAAAAAUGUACAAGAUGAAUUAAUACAAUUUUUUGAUUCUAAUACUGAAAUUCUUUCAGAUCCUUUUUACUUUUUAAAAUAUGAAGAAGAAGAUGUAAAUAAAGACGAUUUAAAAAAUUACAUAGUGACUAGUUAUCCGAAUAUGCUAAAUUUAUUAGAGGAUAUUAUUAAAUGUUCUAUUAUUUUAAAUAGAAGUGCUUAUUACGUUUGCGAAUUGUUUAAUGAUGUUUAUUUAAAAAUUGAAAAAAAUAAUAUAGUAAAUGAAAUAACAAAAUCAGUAUUUAUAUGUGAAGUAUUUAAAGAAUGCAUAGAAAAGGAAAACUUAAUUGUUAUGAUUUUUUUAGAAAUUUUGAGUUAUUUAAACAAAAAUGAGAAAAUUGGUGUUUCUCCAAAAAGCGAAGAAAAAUCAACUAAAUACGAAAAUUUGAGUGAAAAAGAAGAAAAUUUUACUGAUAAUGAAUUAAAAAAAAAUGAAGAGAUAAAAACAUCAAGUAUUCAAAGCUCAGCAUCAAAUAAUUCUAUUGGUAGUUUAAAUAAUUCAAAAACUGUAUCAGAAAAUAAUAUUAAUAAUAGAAUAAAUUCAGAUCGAUUUUCUUUGUAUGUACUAAUUUUGCUUACAGAAAAUGACUUUAUAGAAAAUAUAUUUUGUGAAAUAGAAAAAAUAAUAAAAUUCUUAAUUAAAUAUGAUGAUAUUUGUGAUAAAAUCGAAUAUGUAUUUAAUUAUAAAACCCACAAAAUUAAUAUUCUCUUUAACUUAAUUGAUAUUUUAUUUUUAUAUUAUUCAAAGUUUCAAGCUAGUGUAAGUAUAAUAUCACGAAUAUUCAAAUUAUUAAACCAUUUAGUUUCCUCAAAAUAUUUUGAUUUUAUUUCAACUGACCAUUAUGUAAAAGAACUAGAUAAUAUGUUGUUUUCAUAUAAAAAAAAAAAAAAGUUUUUUUUUAAAUAUUUAAAGAAUAUAAGAAAUAAUAAAAUAAUUUCCCAAAUUGAUGAUUAUUAUAAACUAGAUAUCAAUGUAUCAGACUCUUCUUUGAAUAAAAUAGAUGAAUUAACUGAUUCAAACAUUUACAAUCAAAAUAAUCAAGAUUCUUUAAAUCAAAUAAAUAAAAAUAAAUUAAAUGAUUUUGUUAGUACACAUAAUACAUCUCAGCAUAAUACAGCAACAAUCAGUAAUAUAUUAUUAAAUAAUCAACAAAAUUUAUUGCCAAAUAACAAUAUUAUAAAUAAUUCAUCAAGUUUACUAACAAGUAAUCCAUCAAAUUUAUUAACAAAUAAUACAUCAAAUUUAUUAACAAGUAAUCCCUCUAACUUAUUAACAAAUAAUUCAUCUAAUUUAUUAACAAAUAAUCCAUCUAAUUUAUUAACAAAUAAUCCAUCUAAUUUAUUAACAAAUAAUCCAUCUAAUUUAUUAACAAAUAAUUCAUCAAGUUUACUAACAAGUAAUCCAUCUAAUUUAUUAACAAAUAAUCCAUCUAAUUUAUUAACAAAUAACUCAUCAAAUUUAUUAAUGAAUAAUCCAUCAAAUUUAUUAACAAAUAGCUCAUCAAAUUUAUUAAUGAAUAAUCCAUCAAAUUUAUUAACAAAUAGCUCAUCAAAUUUAUUAUCAAACAAUAGCAACUUACUUUCAAACUUGGGAAAUACUCAAAAUGUUGCAAAUUUAAAUGUAAGUACUAAUAAAAAUAAUUUAUUUCAGAAUAGUAUUCUUCCAAAUAGUUCAACUGAAAAUAAUACAUAUAUACAAAAUAAAAUUUUUAAUAAUAAAGAAAAAAAUGUAUUAACACAAAAUAAAAAUUUUAAUACAACUCUAUCAAAUAUUUUAAAUAAUGAAGAGGAAAAAAGAAGAAAUAAUAUAAAUGAUUUAACAAUUUUUGAUAUAAAUGAAAAUCUAAAGGAUAAAAAAUGGAAACUAUAUGAGCAGUUCAAUACAAUAGAAAACAGUUAUUUACAUAAAUGCUUAGAUUGUUGUGGGUAUUGGUAUAAUUGCAACUGUAGCAUAAGUGAUUUUGAGAAAUGUAGCUUGACAUUGUCAACUCAAAUAAGUUUAUUAUUAAUAUUAUGUUUACAUCCAAAUAUUGAAAAAUACAUAUAUGAAAAGAAAAAAAAUAUAAAUGUUGAUAAUACCUCUACUAAUAAGGAAGAUAUGAAUUAUUUAAUAGAACUUAAAAAAAAGAAAAUAAAUUUUGACAAUUUUUACAUGCCAGAUAUAUGGAAAUAUAAUUGUAUGAGCUCUCAAAAAGAUUAUAAAAAUUUAAUGAACAUAAAAAAUACAUAUUCUAUUAGUACUUUAUAUAUAAAUGAAAAUAUAUCGUAUUAUUAUUUAUUAUUUACAAAGAUUAAUGAGAAAAAUAAAAAAAAGAAAAAUUGUAAAACAGAAAAAAAUGAAGAAUUUUGGAAUAUUAACAACAACAGUGAUAAUGAUGAUGUAUUAGAUUCAAACAUUAUCAUUUUGAAAUUUGUUAUAAGUUUAUUUAUAAAAAAUAAAGAAGAAAUAUUUUCUUCAAUUUUUGAGGAUAAUUUUUUUAAAGUUUCUUAUAAUACAAUUUUAAAAAAAAUAUCCAGUGCUACAUUAAUAGGUAGUUUAAUUUUUCAUUUGUUUCAUAUAAUUUUUUCUUUUUCAUUUAUUAAAAAUUCCAGAACCACUGAUCUCUGGAAUACUUUCAUUGAUUAUCAUAUAACGAAAGAUUUUCAUAUAAAAAAAAAGAAAAAAAAUGAAAUUAUAAAUAAAAAUAUAAAUUUUUAUAGUAAAUAUAACAGUGAAAAAAAUAAUACAAAUGAAAUUAAUACUUCCAAUAAUAUCAUCUAUAUUUAUAAAAAAAAAGGAGAAUAUAUAAUAGAUGUAUUAAAUUAUUUAAAAAUUAUAUGCAAUAAUUAUCCUCGCUUAAUUACAAAAUAUGUAUGUAUUUUAAAAAAUAUUAUUAAUAGAUAUCAUUCGAGAAUCAUGGAAUUUUCAGAAAUAGAUGAAACGAUAUAUCAUCAUAGUCAAGAACAAGUGAAUGAAUUAGAUAAUUCAACAAAUGAUUAUGAAAAAUUAUAUUCAAUAAAGGAAAAUAAAUAUUCUAGCAUAAAUGAAGAAAGAAGAAUGGUGUUAAUGAAGUUUAGAAGUUUAAAGAUAGUAGCAGAAGAAAAAAUGAAAAUUUGCUUAGAUUUUUAUUCAGAUAUUUUUGUACAUGUCUUAGAUUUUGCAGCUGUUUUAUGUAACAAUAUAUAUGAUUUGAAAAUUAUUGAAAAUGUUGUUUUAUGUUUUAAAACUCCCUUAACUGCUAAUUUAAAUAUUUUUAAUUUAACCAAAAAAUUAUUUAACCAAUUUGUUUGUGCAUUAAACGGAAAAUUUGGUGAAUUUUCAAAAAUUACUAAUAAACAGUAUAUGUAUGAAAAAAGAAAAAAUAACGAAAAAGCACAAAUUAAUUUAUUAGAUAAAAGAAGUAAUAACAAAUUAGAUAAAGAAUUAUAUAAAAAUAUGCUAAAUAAAGUUAAUGUAAGCUUACCAAUAGAAGAUUCAAAAGAAUUAAGCAUAAAAAAUGACUCUGAUGAUAACUCUACCUAUUUUACUUAUCUCUACUAUUUUAAAAUUAAUUUAUUAGAAAAACUAUUUGAACAAAAUAAUUUUCUUAAAGACAUUUUAAAAAGUAAUAAUAUAUUAGAUUAUCUAUUGAAUAAUAAUAUAUACUUAAAUAAAUUAAUAAAAGAAAAUACAUUAAUUGAAAAGCAUUUACAAGAAAAAAAUGUUUUUAAAUCUUAUCCUCAAAAUUAUGAGUCUCAAAAAAAUUUAUUUGUAGAUAAAGAAUAUACUAAUUAUGCUAAAGAGGCUAACAAAAUUUUACAAGAUAUAGAACAAAGCAAUGCAAAAUUAAAAUCAUUUAUAAAUUUUAAAUCAUCUAAUUCUCUUCAACCGAGUAUUAUGAACGAUGGACAUAAUAUAAAUCAGUUGAAUUUAUUACAACAAAAUGUAAAUCAAUCAAACUUAGCUCAGUCAAACUUAAAUAAUGGACUAAAGACAUUUUUAAAUUCAUCAAAUGAUCAAAAUAUAUUAACCAGAAAUAUUUUAAAUAGUAAUGUAGCUCAACAUAUAGCAACGGAUAAUGGCUCUGAUUUAAAUAUAAUGGAUGAAAAAUUACUUGAAAAAAUAUUAAAUGAAGAAAAUUGCAUAAAUUAUUUAUUAAUAGAAAAUAAAUUAACAGAAAAUUUGCUUAGAGAAAAUAAUUUUUUGAAAUGUGAAUUUAAUAAAUAUAAUAUUGUAGACUUAUUCUAUAAAAAUAAAAUUGGUGAAGCUCUCCUUGAUCAUUUAAAAACUAUUAUGCUGAAUGAAUAUAAUGUAAAUGAAAUAUUGUCAUAUGAAAGCAAAUUUAGAAAUUUAACAAGAAGAAAUCAUGAUGGUUCUUAUAACAACAAAGAAGCAAUUAAAAUAUUUUUUGAUGAAAAUAAAGAUUCUAUUGACUUUUUUAAAGAGAAAAAGUAUGAAGUGCCUAUAUUUAAAGAUGAUGAUUCUAGUACUAUUAAUGAAAGUUUAAUGAACAGAGCAAAAAUUAUUUUAAAAACAGAACUGGAAUGUGAAAAAAAAAAUAAUAUUGAUACUAGAUAUCUAUUAAAAAAUAUAUUUGAAAAAAAUUUUUAUCCAUAUAAUUGUCUAAAAAUGCUGGAAAAGUGCCUCUUAUUUCUGUCUUCUGUUAAUAACAAUAAGUUAUGUUACUACUUACCUAUUAAUAAAAAUUUACUAAUUGAUUAUAUUUUAUUAGAGCAGUAUGAAGGCAAUCAAUCUUCUUUGAAAGUAGACAAUUUCAAAAUAGAUUUAAAAGAUAACAAAAAAUAUAAACUAGAGGAAGAAAAUAAAUUAUUUAAAAUAAAAAAUAGCAAAUAUAAUAAUUUACUUUCGUUAAUAGAUACUCAAAAGAUAACUAAUACAACUAAUUUUAAAAAUGUUUUUAUUCAUAACUUAAAUAUGUCUAAUACAGUUACAGAAGAAAAAAAUAAAAAUAUAAAACAUUAUAAAACGGUGCAUUUACUUGAUAUGUUAUAUGAAAUAAUAAAAACAAAAUAUAAUUCAUCUAUUGAUAUAAUUAAUUUAAAAUGUUUAUGUAUUGAAAUCUUAUGUUCAAGUUUUGUUAAAAAUUCUUCUUCGGCUUUAUCUGUAUUAUGUACUUUAACUCAAAUAUUUCCUGAUAUCUAUUUAGAAGUUAUGAAAAAGUAUACUGAAGAAAAUGAGCAUACAAAAAAAAAUCUAGAAAAUAUUGAUAGACAGUUAUCGAUUGGGCAAAUUAAGUAUGAUAAAUUAGAAGAAUUAUCUAAUAAUUUUUAUCUUCCCUAUUUCAAUUUAAAAAUUAUUAUUACAUUUAUGAAAUGUAUUAACUUUUUGCUAUAUAUGAUAGGAAUAAAAAGAAAGUUCAAUUUAUCAUUAAGUAAGGUAUGGCAUUUUUUUAAUAACAUUGAUAAAAUAGAAGAAAUAGAUAAAAAAAUAAGAAAAAAAAAGUUAUCUGAAGAGGAAUAUGAAGAAAAAUUAGAAAAUAAUAGAAUAAACGGAAAAGAAUUUUAUAAUGAUGAAGAUAUAAAAAAAAGAAAUAAUAUUAAUAAUAAGAAGCAACCCAACAAAUUUAAUAAUUAUAUUUUUUUUGAUAUUUUUUAUAAUUUUGAUUUAUUUUUUGAAGAACUCGAAAAAGAAGAAGAAGAAGAAAAUUUACCGUCGGAUAUAAAUAUGAAUGAUACCAAAGAUGAUAUAUACGAAAAUUGUUUAAAAAAAAAAUUAAUGAUAACAGAUGAAGAAAAAAAUGUGUGUAAACACUUAAUAUUACUAACAAAUUAUAUAGUUCAAAAUAUAUUUUAUAACUUAAUAAAUAACUUUAUUUUAAGAAAAAUAAGAGAUAAAAAAUAUGAAAAAGAAGAUAUAUUAGAGGAAGAUGUCAAACUGGAAAUUUUUAUGAACAAGCAAGAAAAUUCAAUUUUUAAAAGAAGGUACAAUUAUUACAUUAACAAAUCAAAAAACCUAGAAUAUCAAAUAAUGAAUAUGCAAAAUGAAAUCAAUUUAAAUAACACUUACAUUUUGCAGAUAGAACAAAUAUUAAGGCAAAACAAUAUUGCUUUUGAACCAUAUAUAUUAUCUCAAAAAAUAUUUGAUAAAUCUUUUUCUGAUAUUACUAAUUUACCUAAUACCCUUGAUACACGCAUUGGUAAUACAAAUGAUUUAUUAACACAAUCAUUAAAUCAAUCACAUAUUAGUAAUAAACCAGCAGGCUUAUUAUCUUCCUCCAACUUAUUUAAUAGAAAUACAACACCAUUCAGUGAAAAAAGUCCAUUAAAUGGUCAUGCUUCUAGUAAUUUAACAAAUACAUCUUUUUCUUUCUUUAAAUCAAACGACAAAUUAAGUAAUACAUCAAAUUUAUUCAUGAAUAAAACAAGUCAAAGUAGUACCUUAUUUGGAACACAAAAUAAUUUAUUAAAUACUACAAGUAAUUUAUUUGGUACACAAAAUAAUUCCCUAUCAUUAUCAAAUGCUUCUCCUUCUGUUGAAAAUGCUAGAACAAAUUACGAACCGUCGACAAGGUUACACUCACUUUCACAGGCAACAAAUGUCACUUCUAUUUUACCAAAUUCUUCUUUUAAUAAAACAUCAAACACGUUAUUUAAUACUUCAACAAAUAAUUCAUUAAUGGAUAGCACUAAUAAGCAAACAACUGGUUCAAAUAUAUUUACAACAAAUCCACUAAUUGCAAAUACAGGCAAUUCAUCUAGUUUAUUUACUUCCAUGCAAAAUCAGAAUAAUAGCGGUACAUUAGGUUUUAAUUUAAAUCAACCUUCUUCGUCUUCUUUUAUGAAUAAUAACUCUUUAUUAAAUAAUUCAAAUAAAUCAUUAUUUGGAAAUACAUCAACUUCAAACACAUUAUUACCUAGUAGUAUAAAUACAUCAUUAGGUAGCACAACAAAUACUUUAUUUGGAACGUCUAAUUAUUCUCAAAAUAAUCAGUCAAAUUUUAAUAGUAUUUUUAAUCAAACAAACUCUUCAAAUACAACUGGAUUAAAUAAUUCAAGAUCUUUAUUUAAUAAUAAUUCAUCAACAAAUAUAUCAUGUGGGAACAAUAAUCUAGGUUCUAACUCGUUUAAUACAGCAAGUAAUAAUCAACAGAAUAUAUUUGGUAACAAUAUUUCUAAUAGUAAUCAACAAAUUUUAAAUACACCAGGUUUUGGUAGUUCAUCCAGUAAUUUGAGCAAACCAAAUUUAUUUUCUCCAAUAAAUCAAAAUAAUAUUUUUAAUAAUUCCUUGUUUUCAACAAACAGUUCGAAUUCUCUUUUUAACUCAAAUAGAACAGAUAAUAAUUUAUCAUCUAGUAAUUUUUUAAGUAAUAUUAAUUCAAAUAAAGCACUAACUCAAAAUACCUCUCUUAAUAUUAAUAACCCAUUAUCAUCAAUGGCAUAUGACAAAACUUCAAGUAACAUGGGAAAUCAAUCUCUAAAUUUAUUUAACAGAAAUGUACUAGAUACUAAUACAAUUUUCCAAAAUCAGCAAAACACCAAUGCUCUCCAAUCAAAAUCAUUAUUUUCAUUUUCUGAUAAAACGGCAACAACACCAGGAAUAGGAACUGGGACGGGAACAGCAUCAAACCUGUUUAGUAAUUUAGGAAAUAAUUCAUCUUUGUUUAAUUCAUCAUCUUCUAAUUUACAAAAUAAAAAUCUAUUUAAUAACCAAACGGGAGUACAAAAUGCAUCAUCUUUAAAUAGUGGUAGUAAUAUUUUUUCUAAUUUAACUAAUAAAAAUUUUACUAGUACAGCAAAUCAGUCACUUUUUAAUAGUCAAGAUACUUCUAAAACAAAUUUAUUUUCCAAUAAUAAUUUAUCCUUGUUUUCUAAUUUAAAUCAAACUAAUAAUAUUUUUAACACGAAUAAUAAUUUAUUAUCAUCUUCAUCAAAUAAUAUUAAUCCAAAUUUUAUGAAUAAUUCGUUUCCUUUUAAUUUAGAUCAACUUAAAGUUUACUACGAAGAUUUAAAAAUGAAAACUAAUUUAUUGAAUACAGAAGUUUAUAAAUACAAAAUAGAAUUGAAAAAAAAUGAAUAUAAUUUAAAUAAAGAAAAAAAAAUUCAAAUAAUUAAAGAAAAUAAAUUAAGAGAAUCAAAAAGUAAAUCAGAUAUAAAUUUUAAAGAUAAUGAAAUGUUCAUUUUAAUUGUUUUAGUUUUCAUGUAUUUUAAAUUAAUUUUAAAUGGGCCAUUACCAUCUAAUGAAAAAAAUAAAAAGAUAAAUCGAGUAAUGAACGAAAGAUUUGAUUAUUUAUGUGAUUUUAGGCCAACUAUGUAUCUAUUUGAGCAAAUAUUAGGAGAAUCAAAUAAAUUCAUGAAUACAUUUUUAAAUAUUAUAUUUUUGGAUAAUAUUUUACAUGAAGAAAAUAAAGAUAUUGAAGAAAUUAUUUUAAAAUGUAAAAAUUAUUCUGAUUAUAUAAGUAUUUAUAAUCAAAAAAAAAGCCUAUAUUUAAAGAAACACUUAAACGAUCCAAAUAUGUCUUUAAAUAAUAGUAAUGGUAAUAGCAAUAUAUCAAAAGAGGAAACAAGUGAGUAUAAUAUUUUCAAUACUGUGACAUGUGAAGUUUAUUUUGAAAAAAAAAUGCAAUAUCUUACAUGCUCUUAUUCCAAAGAAUAUUAUAAUUCGUUGUUUCUUCAUAAAAUUAAAUCAUUGGGUUUUGAUAUUUUAAAAAUAUUAUUUGAAAGAGAUGUUUUAUUUAUACAUAUGUAUAAUUUAUGGAAAAAUGAAAAAUUGUUACAAAAAAAAAUAGAAAAAUUUCAAUUUGAUGUAAAUCUUGACAAUACAACCAAUGAAAAGCAAUCAGUUGUAGAAAAAGAAAUAAAUAUGACAGAAUCGUUAUGCUCACCUAUAUGUGUUCAUAACUUUUUAUUUAAAAAUAUUAACAUAAAUUCGAGAACAACUUAUUUAAUAUUAUUAUUAAAAAAUUUCUUCAGAACAAGUGAAAUGAACAAAGUUAUAAUAUAUUUUAUUUUGCAAAUUUUUAUUAGAGACUCGAAAACCACUAUAAAUGUGUUAAAAAGAGAUAAUGAAUCAUUUAAUUUCCUAAAGUAUGCUUUAAGAAAUAUUUUUAUUUAUAACUUGAAUAAACAAAAAUUUAGCAAUUGCUACAUUAUUUCUAACAGAACUAUAAAAAUGCAAAAUAUACUUAACAAUUUCAUUGAUUUGCCAUUAUUAUAUUUGUUAAAAAAUUCUAAUAGACAGAAAAAAUAUUAUUUAGUUAAAAUGAAGAAAAGUUUAAAUAAUCAAAAUUCAUCAAAUAAAGAGGUUUUGAAUACUCACAAUUGGAUAUCUUACAUAAAUGAGCAGAAAGAAGAAGAAUGUGAAGAGGAAAAAGAACAAAUAGAAGAUGAAAAUGAAGAAAAUAAAAAAAAUAAAGGGAAAUAUAAGAAUACACAAAAUGAUUGCGAUAAAAACCAAAAUAGAAGUACUGUUACUAAUUUUGUCGGUUAUGAAAAAGAGAAAGAUUAUUUUCUUAGUAAGAAAACAUUUAACCAUGAUGAACGCUACGUUAAUAAUAAAAUAUACCUAGAUAAUUCUGGUGAAUUUAUUAAUUAUAAAAGUUAUGAUGAAGACGAAAACAAUGAUUAUGAUGAAGAAGGUUAUUGUUUCGACGAAUAUGCCUAUGAAGAUGAAAAUGAUGACUAUUAUGAUAAUGAUAAUUAUAGUAAUGAUGAAUAUGGUGAUGAUGAUGAUGAUGAUGAUGAUGAUGAUGAUGAUGAUGAUGAUGAUGAUAAUGAUAAUGAUCAUGAACAAGAAUAUUCAAUUGAUUCUGCUAAUAAAAAUAUAAAUGAAAGAAAAAAGAAGUUAUUAAAAAAAAAAAUACUAAACUUAAACAAUGAUUUAUAUGAAAAGAUAAAUUAUUUAAAAAAAAAUGAAAACAAUGACAAUUAUAAAAUGGAUGGCACUUUCAUUUCUAAAUAUAAAAAUUUUAAACUGAAAAAAAAAAAUCAAUCCAAAUAUAUAUAUGAUUACUUAUCUGAUAACGAUUUAAUAGAUACGAUAAAAAGUAAAAAAAUUUGUGUAUUUUAUGACGACAAAGAAAAAGAAGAAGAAAAUGAUUCUUUUUCGUUUUAUAAUUUAAUUUCUGAAAAUUAUAAUGAUUAUUAUUCCAAAAUGGAUUAUUACAAAGAAAUUAAGUCGAUUGACUAUAAUAUAAUUGGAUAUUGUAGUUCGUAUAAUUUUCUUCCGAUUAAUAACUUUUACACAGAAAAAUAUGAUUUUAUUGAAAAUGAAUUAGUAUAUAUGAGCGACUUAAAAUUAUAUUUUUAUGUGAAAUCAUUUAAAAGACAUACAUAUUUUACAAAAUUAUUAAACAUUGAAAAUGUUGAGAAAAAUAAUGAAAAUUAUAAUAAUAUAUCUACUUUUAUUGAAGAAGGAAAUUGUAGUAACAAUAUACGGGAUAAUGAAUUAAAAAAAAAAGGAAGGAUUGAAAAUUAUCAUGAUGCAAAGGAAAAUUUUAAUCAAAUAAAUCAAGAAAAUGAAGAAAAAGAAAAAGAAAUAAAAAGAAAUAAUAUAAAAACUGAUAAAGCUGUAAACUCAAGUACUGUAAUUUCUUAUUUAAAAAAUAAAAAUAAUAAUAAAAUAAAUUUAGUUAAUGAUUUAGAAAAGAUUGUUGAUAAUGAAGUAAAACAUUAUGAUGUAUUUAAUAAAUUAAACAAGUUAAAUGAACAUAUAUUAUUCCCAAAUAUUCUUCAAGAAAAUAAAGAUAAAAUAAAAUAUAUAGAAUACAUUAAAAAAAUUGUAGAAAAAGAUAAAAUAGAAGACAAAAAGUAUAAGGAAAAUGUAUUGCUGCCUUUAAAUGAUUUAGUACAAACAAAAAAAAAAGAAACAGAAAAAAAAUUAAAUAAUGAAUUAAGGAAAAAAAAUAUUUUUAUGAAUAAUGAAUUAUGUGAAUGGAUAGAAUUAAGCCAUUUAUUAAAUGUUGAUAUAGACUACAACGAUUUAAGAAAUGUAAAUAAAAAAAGAAUUAUUAAUAAUUAUAGUAAAAUUCCAAUUACCAAAUUAAUUUUAUAUUUUUACGAAAUUAUAACUAGAAAAUUUCUAUUUUUGAAUAAUUCAGAUUCUCUAAUAGAAAAUUGUGUUUUAUCAUUAUUAGGUAUAUCUUUUAUUCCAUCUAAGCAUAUUGAUAAAAAAAAUAUUAUUACAAAUAUUGAUGAGGGCUUAGAAUUAGAAGAACAAUGCUUUUUGAAUUGUAUGAUUAAGAACAUUAUUAUCAAAUUUUCCAAUUUUGAAAAUAUAUCAGAGCUCAUUCACAUUGAUUAUAAUAAUAAUGAAGAAAAUAAAAAUAAAGAAAAUAAUGUAUCAUUAAAUGCGAAUUCAAAAUCUCUCUCUAAAAAAAAUAAAGAUUAUUAUAAAAAGAAUAUUUGCUUAAAUAAUAUUAAUAAUUUAAGACAAUAUAACAUAUUUGAAAAAAAUUCUUAUUUUAUAAAAAGUCUCAAUAUUGUAUACAUGAUUUCAAAAAAUAAAAAAGUGAAAGAUUAUAUAAUUAGUUUAAUAAAUAUCAUGUGGGAAAAUAAAUUUAAUGUUUUUUAUUACAUAACUCAAAAUAUAAAUAUUGAAAAAUUAAAAGAUACUGAAAAAAUUUUAUUUUUUAAAGUAUCUUUUCAUAUGCUAAAUCUAUUCAUACCUAUUAUAGACAAUAUUUUAAAUAAUAUUGAUAAGCAUGUUGAUUAUUUUAUUAACUUAAAUUUUAUUAAUGAUGAAUUAGAAAAUAACAAAUUACCAAAUGAGAAGAAACAUAAUUUCAGUAAUGAGCUAAUCAAUAAAGAUAAUUUCAAUGAAAAAAAAAAUAUCUUUGAAUUUUUAAAUGCUAUUUUUAACUAUGAUAAUAUACAGAAUUUUAUAACACAUUACAUUAAUAUUAUAAAAAAUUAUAAUGAUAAUUAUUUAAAGCAUUAUAUAUAUCAUUAUUAUCUUUUUAAUUAUGAUUUUAAUUUUCAAAAUAUUUAUAAUUAUUCCAAUAUUGAAUAUAUUCAUUACAUAAGCAAUGAACAAACUCAAGAUAAUAUCCGAGUAUUAUAUACAAGUAUAAUUAAUACUAACGUUAAUUUUUGUGAUAUUUCAAAAAAUAAUCUUAUUAACAAUAAAUAUAUAUUCAAACACCACAUUAAUCCAAAUUCUAUACACUAUAAAUCAACAGAAGAAAAAGAACAAGUUUUAUUUAACAAUAAUAAUAGAAAGUUCCACAAUGCAUCCGAUAAAAAUUUUAACUUUGAACAACUAAAUGAAAUUAUAAGUAAUAAAACAGAUUUGCAUAAUUUUCUUAAUAAAUAUUAUCUAAAUAAAAAUUGCAUAAAUAAUAAUAAUAGUAAUGAAAGCAAUAACAAAAAUAAAAAGAAUCAGAUGAAGUCAAAAUUAAAAGAAUAUUACUAUUUACAAAAAAAUGUGUAUAUAUAUAAUAGCAUAAAUUAUUUAAAUAUUAAUUAUAAAAAUUGGUUACUAGUAUAUAAAGUUUACAUUGAAAAAGUUACCUAUUUAGUAGAUUUGGUAUUAAAGAUAAAAAAUAACACCAUUAAUAAAAAAAUUCAUUAUUUAAAAAACUAUUUUUAUAUUAUCAAUAAUAUUCAAAAAUAUUUAAAAAGUAUUAUAUCAGUAAUUAAAUCGUCAUAUUAUAUCAAUUUUAAUAUACAGAUCACUCCUAUUUUAUUUAUUGUUUAUUUAUUUAUUACAAUUUUUUUCUUUUCUCACAAUAAUAAAUUUGCUUUUAACUAUCUCUCUUAUAUUAAUAAAGGAUUUCAUAAUUUAUUCAAAGAUAAAGAAGUGUUUACCCUAAAAAAUUUUGAGAAUAAUGAUGAUAACGAAAAUAAAGAUGAAAAUGAGAAAGAGAAGAUAGAAGAGAAGGAAAAAGAAAAAGGGGAAGAAAAUGAAAAAGAGAAAGAAAAAAAAAAGGAUGAAAAAGAAAAGAAAAUAGAGGAAAAUGAAGAAGGAAAAAAAGUAAACAAAGAUGAAUAUAAAAUAGAAAAUCUUAAAUUUCAUAAAAAACUGAAAACAUCUACAUUAUUUUCAAAGAAAAUUUUAAAUAAAGAAUUUGAAAGUAAUCUCCUAAGCUUUCCAAAAAAUAAUACAAUUAUAUUAAAUGAAAAUGAUUACAUAAAAGACAAAGUUUUAAUUAAUAAACAACUGAAUGAAUUAGAAAAACAAUCUAACGAAUUUUCUUCUAUGAAUAACUUAUUUGUAAAUAAUAGUAAUAAUAAUAAAAAAUUCAUAAAAAAAAAGGAAAAUGCAUUUAUGGUCAAUACAUAUAAAAAUAUUUAUGAAAUUGAAGAAAUGGAUAACUUAAACAAUAAUGAUAAAAUAUAUUACGAUGUACACAAUGAAUAUUCUAAAUUAAUUUUAAAAAGUAAUGAAUUCUUUGAUGAUUUAUUAGAACUUUUAAUCAUAUUAAUUACUAAAAAGCAUCCUAUAUUAAAUAAAUACACUAUUAUAUAUAUAUAUGAAUGUUUAUAUACUCUUUUAAAUAUAUAUCAUUAUAAUUAUUUAUACAAUGACGAAUAUAACAUUGGUAAUACAAAAAAUAUGUUUUUAUCACUUAUUAAAAGAAUAAAUAAAGAUAUUCUAAAUGAUUUUAUUAGUACAUUAUUUGUUGAUUCUUAUAAAAAUUUCCAUAUAAAUAAGAAUUCCAUUAUUCCCAUUUAUUUCUAUAAUAAUAUAUAUAAAUUUGUUGAUUAUAAUACAGAAAUUUUUAUAUACAGAAAUGAAAAGGAGAAUAUGAAAAAUCCUAAUUUUUUAACUAUUGAAGAUGAACAAAAAAAUCAAAUAAGAAAAAGUUUUAUAGUAGAAAAAGAAAAGAAUUACAGUGAUAAAGAAGAGAAUAAUUUAUUAAAUAAAAAAAAAAGUGAAAAAGAAAAAUAUGAACUAAAGGAAAAAAUAAAAAGUAAUAACAUUGAAGAAGAUGAUGAAGAAGAAAUAGAUGAAUAUAAUAAUACAUUAAUAAAUUUUAAUUUUAAAAGCCAAUUUAAAAAUAAAAUUCACUUAAAUAAUAGAAGCUUAAAUAUAUAUGAAGAAGUAUAUUGUUGUAAUUUCUUAUAUAAUAAAAAUGAUCUAAAUCUGUUAAGUAUUAAUUUAUUGAUAUUUUUAUUAAAUAAAAUUGGAAUUUAUGAAAUUGAUAUAAAAAUUGAUGAAAAUAAUAUAAAAAAUUUAAUAAAAGGAAAUUUAUUCUUAUUUAGUAAAAAUGUUGAUAAACAAAAUGAAAAUAAAAUGUUACAUACAUGUUUUUUAUUAAGCUCACUUUGUGAUACAACAUAUAUUAACGAAUUUGUUACUAAGGAAAAUUUAUUUAGUUUAUUUUUGAGAAGUAAUAUUUUUGAUAAUUUAUAUGAAUAUAAAUUUAAUUAUUUAUCCAAAAAUAUAUCAUUUUUGACCUUUCCAACUAACUUUUUAGAAAAUAAAAAUAUUUAUAUACCGCUUCCAAUGCUAAUUAUUUCAUACAUAACUGUUAUAUUAAAAGUAAUAGACAAAAAAGGAUUAUAUUUAUUUAAGAUUAUAAGCAAAUGGAUAAUUAAAAAUAUAAAUAUAUUUAUAAAUCAUUUAAUAGUUAAUAAUUAUCUUAUGAAAUCAAAUGAAAUAGCUUAUGAAGUAAAUAAUUUCACUACCAAUAAUCAUAACUUGGUUUAUAAAUGCUUGUGUUACUCUUCAACUUGUAAUUUUACCAAACAUAUAAAAAACGAUAAUAUUAAUAAUUAUUUUGAAAGUUAUAACAAAAUGAAAGAAAAUAAAAACAGUUUGUUUGAUAAUUUAAAUAAAGAUAUACAUUCUGAUAAAACAAGUUCAGAAGAAUAUAUAAACCAUGCGAAUAUUAAUUUAGUAAAUCUGGAUAUAAUUUAUUCCAGUACAUACUAUUUACUAAGACUAUACAAGAAUUAUUUAUUAUAUAUUCAUCAGAAUUAUCUAAACUUAAAAAAGAUAAAAAUUAUAGAAAGAAAUAAAAAAAGAAAAAAAAAUUCACGAAACAAUAAGUCAAAAGAGACUACCUUAAUAGAAAAAGAAUCUGUUGAUACUGAUGAGGAUGAAGAAGAAGACGAAGAUGAAGACGAAGAUGCGGAAGAAGAGGAUGAUGAAGAAUACGAAUAUUAUAAUGAUGAUGAAAAUAAAAAAACAAAAAAAGUAGAAGAAGAAGAAAUUGAUACCAUUUUGAAUGAGAAAAAAAUGAAAAAUUGUAAUAAUUAUCAUCAUUUGUAUGAAAAUGGUAAAAUGAUGAAAGAUGAAGAGUUCAUUUUAGAUAAGUCAUUAAAUUUUGAUUUUAAUGAGAUAUCAUUAAAUAUAUGCAAUAUAAUAAAAGAACACACUUAUAUACUACAAUAUAUUAAAGAUUUAUUAAAUAUUUUAUCCAUAUUUGUUAUUUAUGAUAUAAGUUUGAAAGAUGAAAACGAUCUACUUAAUAAAAAUUUAAAUAAUUCUAUGCUUGAAAAAAGAAGAAAAAAUAUAAGAACACACAGAAUUUUACAAAACAUCAUACCUAAAUAUUCAAUAAAAUUCCAUUGUAUUAAUUUAUGUUUAGACAUAAUUGAAUAUGAUAUUGGAUUAUAUGACGAAUACGUACAACAAUCGAAAACCAAAUAUUAUGAAUAUAUAAAAAUAGUCUUAAAAGUUUUUAUGAAUACUUGUUUUUACUUUAUAAACGUUAUAAAAUUUGAAAAUUAUCAUAUGCUUAAAAGUGUUUCAACAGCUAUGAAAAAGCUAACUAAUAUAAUUUACUUUUUGUUAAAUAAUUUAACAAUAAAAGAAAAAUCGAAUGAAGAAGAUUCUGUAUUAUUGAACAAAUUUAUAUAUGAUAAAAGUGGUUUGAAAAAGAAUGCUCAUGAAAUUACUACUGAAUUAUUUAAUUCAGAAUAUAACAUAUUUAAUGAUAAAAAAUAUUCUUCAGAUAACAUUAAAAAGUUUUUAGAAAACAUUGAAAUUGAUAUUCAUGUUUUGAAGAAAAUCUUAACUUGUGUUAUUUAUUUUACUUAUGCUAUGCUAAGUAAUCAAAAAGUUAAUAAAAUUAAUAUAGAAAACAUUAAUUUAAAUCAUAUUAACAAGAUUAAUUUGAAAAAAAUAGCCAAUACCUAUUUAGAAAAUAAUAAUAUUUUAAAAGUUUUUACCUUUAUAUUGCAAAGAUCAACUCAAAUUUAUUACUUGUUGUAUAAUUAUGCAACUCAAACACAUAAGCAAUAA